AUGUUCAACCCACCGACGUCCAACCCUCCGACGUCCAACCCUCCGACGUUCAACCCACCGACGUCCAAACCUCCGACGUUCAACCCUCCGACGUUCAACCCACCGACGUUCAACCCUCCGACGUUCAACCCACCGACGUCCAACCCACCGUCGUCCAACCCACUGACGUCCAACCCUCCGACGUUCAACCCACCAACGUCCAACCCUCCGACGUUCAACCCUCCGACGUUCAACCCACCGGCGUCCAACCCUCCGACGUCCAACCUUCUGACGUUCAACCCUCGGACGUUCAACCCACCGACGUCCAACCCUCCGACGUCCAACCAACCGACGUCCAACCCUUCGACGUCCAACCAACAGACGUCCAACCCUCCGACGUCCAACCAACCGACGUCCAACCCUCCGACGUCCAACCAACCGAUGUCUAACCCACCAACGUUCCUUUAUUAA